CGAUGGCUAGAGCUACGACCUCCACGGUCGCAGCACUCUGCUUCCUCCUCAGCUGCGUCUCCGCGACCCCUUCCACGCUCGCCGCGUCCUCCGCCAUCAUCCACGACAUCAUCCGCGGCCUCGCGGACACCACGGCGGCGCGCGUCCGCACGGACGCCGAGGCCACGGCGCGCGCGUCCACCGACUUCGGCACCAACGCGACCGCGGACGACGCGGCCCGGCCGGCGGCCGUGUUCUACCCGUCGUGCGCCGCCGACAUCGCCGCGCUGCUGCGGGCGUCCAGCGCGAGCGCCUCGCCGUUCCCGGUCUCCGCGAGGGGCCGCGGGCACUCGACCCGGGGCCAGGCCACGGCCCCCGGCGGCGUCGUCGUCGACAUGGCGUCGCUAGCAGUAGCUGCAGGGCGCGACGAGACCGCCACCACCAACGCCUCCUCCACCUCCGCCUCCGCAAGGCUCGCCGUGUCGGUGGACGGGCGCUACAUCGACGCCGGCGGCGAGCAGCUGUGGGUGGACGUGCUGCACGCCGCCCUGGCGCACGGCCUCACGCCUCGCUCCUGGACGGACUACCUCCGCCUCACCGUCGGCGGCACGCUCUCCAACGCAGGCAUCAGCGGCCAGGCCUUCCGCCACGGCCCGCAGAUAUCCAACGUCCUAGAGCUCGACGUCGUCACGGGAACAGGUGACAUGGUGACGUGCUCCAAGGAGAAGGACGCCGACCUCUUCGACGCCGUGCUGGGAGGGCUGGGGCAGUUCGGCAUCAUAACGCGCGCGCGGAUCCCGCUGGCGCCGGCGCCGGCGAGGGCGCGCUGGCUGCGGCUCCUCUACACCGGCGCCGCCGACCUCACGGCCGACCAGGAGCGGCUCAUCGCCGACGACGAGCGCCGCGGCGGCGCGCUGGCCGGGCUCAUGGACUACGUCGAGGGCUCCGUCGUCACCGACCUCCAGCAGGGCCUCAUCGGCAGCUGGCGCUCGCAGCCGCCGCCGUCCUCCUCGUCCUUCUACUCGGCUACCGACGCCGCGCGCAUCGCGGCGCUAGCCGAGGAGGCCGGCGGCGUCCUCUACUUCCUCGAGGGCGCGGUGUACUACGGCGGCGCCAGCGACACGACCGCCGCAGACGUUGACAAGCGCGUGGACGUGAUGCUGCGUGAGCUGCGGUACGCGCGGGGGUUCGCGUACGUGCAGGACGUGUCGUACGAGCAGUUCCUGGACCGCGUGAGCGCCGGCGAGCGCAGGCUCCGCGGCGAGGGCCUCUGGGACGUGCCGCACCCGUGGCUCAACCUCUUCCUCCCGCGCUCCCGCAUCCUCGACUUCGCCGCGGGCGUCUUCCACGGCGUGCUGCUCCCCACGCGCACGGCUGGCGGCGGCGGCGGCGGGCCCGUGCUGGUCUACCCCAUGAACCGGGGCAAGUGGGACGGCGCGACGUCGGCGGUGCUCCCCUACGACGAUGGCGACGGCGACGGCGACGAGGUGUUCUACACGGUGGGGAUCCUGCGGUCGGCCGUGGCGGACGGCGACCUGCGCCGCAUGGAGGAGCAGAACGCCGAGGUGGCGCGCUUCUGCGAGGCCGCCGGCAUCCCCUGCACGCAGUACCUGCCCUCCUACGCCACGCAGGCGGACUGGGCGGCGCGCCACUUCGGCCCCGCCGGCAGCGGCAGGUGGGACACCUUCCUCCGCCGCAAGAGGAAAUACGACCCCAUGGCGAUCUUGUCGCGCGGCCAGAGGAUUUUCUCGUCCCCGCUACUUGCCUCAUGAUC